UUGUGUGAAAUGAUACGGUACAGUCGUAGUCAGCACUGCUCUGUGCACAAGUGUCACUCCUAUCUUGGCCAAUCGGCUUGCGUCAAACAGCUGAUCCUCUUCCUGGCCACCUGUCACUGCUUAGGUAGGAAUGUGGCUUUGUGGAGCAAUGGAUUGUCAUUUGCAAUGUUGCUGCAAUGAGACAACUAAAUGGGCUCUUAUGUGUGAUCGGUUUCAAUACGUGAAGUCUUCUGGAUCUGGUUCAUUGAUCUAGUAAGAUGUCCCUGAGGACCGUGCCUUUGGUGGUUGUUAACCUCGGUGGAGAGAUGCUCUACAUAUUGGACCAACGCCUUCAAGCCCACUGUAGUCCAGAAGACACUUCAGAUAAAGGUGCUGGACUGUGGUCAGAAAACGACAGGAAAAGAGUGAUGAAUGACAUCAUCGGGACCAUGUUCAGCAAAUCUUUUAUGGACCAACUGUUCGGGCCUCAGCAGCCGUACUCUCACAGAACCCUGAGAACCGUUCUGACUCGGCUGGCGCAUGCAUCAAUAUUGAGGCUGAACCCAGUCAGCAUGGAGCGGCUGUAUGAGCUGGUGAUCAUGGCUUUCAAGUACCAAGUCUUCCUCUGCCCACGGCCAAAAGACCUGAUCCUCAUCACGUACAACCACAUCGACUCCAUCAAGCAGGUGGUGAAAGACACUCCUGCUGUCUUCAAUCAAGUGCAGCAGACUCAUCGGAGGUUCAUCGAGGAAUACUCCUCACUGACGGAGGGAGAGUUCCAGCUUCUCCGCCAGACAAUCCUCACGUUUCUUCAAGACAGUCACGUCCGCGUGUCACUUUUCUUAAAAAACAAAGCUCAGAAUCCCAACGGACGCUUCGCCAUGUCAACUGGAGGACAUGUCCCUCACAAGAUAGACGUGCCAGGACUGAUCAGGACAUUUGACCGGAGCGGCAGGGAGAGGAGGAGUGAGUUUCCCACGGGAGGAAGUUACAGCAGAGCUCUCAAAGAGGGCUCGUUGGAGCUGCAUGGGGACAGAGUGACCAAGCUGGGGCUGAAUAUGUAUGGAGCCACCGCUGGUGUCGAUGAGCUGUCGGUGAUGGUGUCUGGUUUCUCAAAGGUUCACAGGGAAUCCUGCCGAAGAGACGAGACUAGCGACAUUCCCAACCUUCUGGCUAAAGAGGAACUGAACUUGUUGGCCCGUCUGAUGGGCAGCUUGAAGGACCAGCCCGGGGCCACUGACCCCGGCUACCAGAUCGACCUGUUCGCUUCUCUGCAGGAGGAGGAUGAGCUGGGACGUUCGGAUCCAGCCGACGGGUCCAAGGUGGUGACCAUACAGGCCACUCAGGAUGAACACAGCGCAAGUGAACUGGCGCACAUCGCCGGCCAGUUUGCAGAGGAAGAGCAACCCAGCGCUCUGAGUCACAACAAGGGAGACGACCUUCUGGCCAUGAUGGACGACCUCUAACAGGAAGACACAGUCAUGCAUCGCUGGAUUCGACCACUUCUUCUUCUUCACCUGCACACAAACUUACCUAACCAUGACCCUGACUGAAGAAAAGGAAACUGCUACACGCUCACAAGCGUUUCAUACCUUUGGUUUUGUUGUUAAGAAUAAGACCGUCAGAGGUGAUAGAGCUCAUAACAGUCUGGCCGUUCGUCCAGAUCUAAACCAAGUGUUGAAGCUACAUAACAGACAAAAGCUGCGAUUCAAAGGCCACCGCAACAAGGCUUUUAAGCAGAGUGUAAACAGCUCGGCUGUAAACAUACUGAAUAAAUGUUUCAAGAAAAGCCAUGCGCUUUCUUUUUUGCUGUUGUAUCAUGAGAGAUACGUCAA